AUGGACCACCAAAGAGAGAAAAAAGUGGGAUGGAUGAAUGAAGUCUCGGAGAGCAGCGACGAUGAUGAAUCUUUCAUCGAAAUACAGAUCAACAACAAACCAGUCACCGAACUGAGCAUCUCAUCUUCUUCUUCUCCAUCUCCCGGGAGUGAAAUGCAGGCGGCAGCGAUCUUCUCAUCGGCAUCUAGCUGCUUCGCUGCAUACAGCAGCGUGACAAGGUUGGUGAUGAAACUGGGGUGUUUGAGUAUAGUGGGAGUCAUAAGGGAGAAAGUGAACGUGGGAGAGAAGUGGGUCCUCAAAGUUAUACACGGACGACGAAACAAGACCUCACUACAUUACUACUGCGAAGAUAGCGCUAGUUACAGCGAGGAAACCUUAACGGACGACUCCCUCAAGGCAGCCAUAGCUUACUGCAAUGCCUCCUCCUCUCUCUCCCGUCUACAAACUUAA